AUGGGAAGUAACUCGUCCUUCACCGCUGCUGCUGUGUCUAACGGUAUUGCCCCCUCAGAAGUCGUGGGUCUGUGGGCUGGUAGUCGGUCGCUUGAUCCAAAAGACGGACUGCUCGUCGUUGGUGGCUACGACGAGUCGCGCAUCGCUGGCAAUUUCGUCAACUUCACUGUCGCUUCCGAUGACAGCCCCUUGAACUGUCCGCUACAAGUUCAGAUUGCAAGCAUACGAUACAACGAAGAAGAGCUGCUCAACGAUGACGGUUCACUGACAGCAUGUAUCGAGCCAUACAAUCACCGUUCCAUCUUCCCGCCCACAAUCACCACAGCAUUCGCGAAUGCCACGAAUCAGAGCACCGUCGCCUACCCAGUAGGGCUGCGAUAUUCAGCGAGUACCAGGCCUGUCGGAGCGCUCACUAUAACUCUGAGCAACGGCUAUAGCACUACAGUGACCAACGAGGAGCUCUUCACAUUGCUUCGAGGCUCUGACGAAAGAGGACAAUACGGAGUCAUUGACAACACGGUAGUAGAAGCCGGCAUACAAGAUACUCGACAAGCCAACACCAGAAGCAUAACACCCGCCCUCGGGAGCCUCUUCUUGACAUUCAACUACCUCCUUGUUGAUUACCGACGGGGAGUCUUCGGCCUCGCGCCUGCGGUAGCCAGUAAUAUCACAACAGCUCCACUGCUUCGUGCUGUCUGUGAUCCUUUGCCAACAGAGAGCGCCGGGGGAACCUCGUCUAGUGAGAACACUGCAGGACCAAAUGUCGGUCUGAUAGCCGGGUCUACAAUAGGUAGAGUUAUUGGACUCGCUGCAAUAGUCGCUCUGCUGUACUGGCGUUACCGACACCGCGAGCCGUCUCUCAAGCAGCAAGAGACCGGCAAAUCAUUGCAGGAAAGCUCACCUCCUGUGUCAACAAAUUAUCCACAUCACCCGUGGCCGUCUCCUGGGCUUGAUCGGGAAGCUGUGGAGCUUCUGGACAGACAUGAGCCCGUGGAGAUCGGAGGAUCGCGGGCGAUACUGCCAUGA